GCCGAAGCAAGAAUAAGCAAGUCGAUGUAGGCGCAGCCAGAGACCCGUCAACACGAGAGAACUCAAGUGUAUCACCCCCGCAAACUCUGGAAGAACGCCACUCGACUUUUCAGUCGGAACCCUUCAGUUGAACUUAUCACCUACCAGAUCGAACCCCUCCUGUCGAUGACCCUACUUCGUCAACAACAGUCAUUGGGGCCCCUGCGACAGUGUCACAAUAGGGGAGGUAUUCUUUCAUCCGACGUCGGCUCAGGGGCCCUCUCGGGGCGUAAGCCACAAGCCUUGACGUGGUAUCAUUCCCAAAAGCAUAUGGAAUCCCCCGGUCGCAAAAGCGCUACUCAAAAGAGUAGCUUGCUCCACGCGCAACGUGAUGACAAUAGUACAGCCCAUUAGCAAUCAAAGAUGAAAGACGACAGUGUUGGAGACCAGCCAUGAUACAGGAUGUAAUGGCCAAGCAAAACGUUGACCAAC